UGUUUAAAUAUGGCAUGCAUCAUGUCCUUCCUUGCCUCAGGUAUAAUAUUUAUAUCAGCUCACAUCGUCGUUCUGAAUCAAGUGCCACCAUGACUCAGGAGCAUUUGCACUUCCUCCUCUUGAGUCUCCACCAUCUAUCCAAGUAUUGUUCUGAGCAGGCUUUUCCUUUAAUGACUGAAUAUGAGAUUCUUCAGAAUGUAUGUGGCAACAUAAGUGAUUUCCAUGGGUUGAUAGUGAAUGGUUGCGUUGAGCAUGAUAUUGUUGAAAGUGUCUUACCUCAGUUUCAACCUAUGGCUGAGAGAGUUGGACACUUCCUUUGGAAUGAUCGGAUUGAUGGAGACUCUCGACUCUUCAAACUAGCACAUCCACUCUUGAAGAUUAUUCCAAUUGAGCUGGAGGUUAUGCACAUAUGUUAUACAAGUUUGAGAGCUUCAAUGUCAACAGAAGUUGGAUGCUUCAUUAAGCAGCUCCUAGAAACUUAUCCAGACAUUCUUAGGGAAUAUUUGAUUCAUCUACAAGAGCACAUGGUGAAUGUAAUUACCGCUAACACUUCAGGGGCUCGAAACGUUCAUGUCAUGGUAGAGUUCCUAUUAAUCAUUCUCACUGAUCUGCCUAAGGACUCUAUUCAUAAUGGCAAGUUGUUUGAAUUCCUUGCACGUGUUGGAGCACUUACCAGGGACAUAUCAACUAUUGCUCGUGACUUAGAAGAGAAAUCAAGGAAUGGAGAGAUUACCAAUGAAACAAACAGUGCAACUCUAGGCUUGCUCGAAAAUAUUGAACUCCUGAAGAGAGAACUCAAAGAUAUUUACCUGAAAGCCCCGGACUCAUCUCAACUCUGCUUUCCCAUGAGUGAUGGACCCCUGUUCAUCCAUCUUCAACUUAGACACUUAAAUGGUUUGCUCAAUUCCAAUGCUUAUUCGGUUGCUUUGAUAAAGGAAGAAAUCAAGCUGAUGAAAGAAUAUCUAGAAUUCAUAAGAUAUUUCUUGAUGAAUGUUGAGCAAGAAUUGUACAAAAAUCUGUGGGCACGUGCUUUAGAUGUGGCAUAUGAGGCAAAAGAUGUCAUUGAUUCAAUUAUU